ACUGUCUUUGAUUAUUCGUAGCACACAAAAUUCUGAAAAAAAGAGAGGCAUGGCUUCCCUCCGACCAAUGUAAGCGAAUAAGAAUCAAGGAAAGCAUACACGCUGGGGAAGUAUAGGAGCUUAGAGCAGCCAUGGCGUCCUCCUCCCAGGUACCGCCGCGCCAAGCCCAAGAAGAUGACCACCAACUUGAGCAGCCAUUGAUGUCAUCGCCGUCGGACUGGGAGAACUCGCCGGUGGAGCAGGUGGCGCUGACGGUGCCCGUGGGCGACGACCCAUUGACGCCGGUCCUCACCUUCCGGACAUGGGUGCUCGGCACGGCCUCCUGCGUCGCGCUCUCCUUCCUCAACGCCUUCUUCGGGUACCGCAAGGAGCCGCUGGAGAUCACGGCCGUGUCGGCGCAGAUCGCCGUGCUGCCCCUCGGCCGUCUCAUGGCGGCGCUCCUCCCCUCUAGAGCCUUCUUCUCCGGCAGGCGCUACGAGUUCACCCUCAACCCGGGGCCGUUCAACAUGAAGGAGCACGUGCUCAUCACCAUCUUCGCCAACGCCGGUGCCGGCUCCGUCUUUGCCAUCAACGUAGUCACCGCCCUCCGUGUCUUCUAUGCCAUGAAGAUCACCUUCUUCGUCUCCCUCCUCAUCGUCCUCACCAGCCAGGUGAUGGGUUUUGGGUGGGCUGGCAUAUUCCGGCAGUAUCUGGUGGAGCCGGCGGCGAUGUGGUGGCCGUCCAACCUUGUGCAGGUCUCCCUUUUCAGGGCACUUCAUGAGAAGGAACAAAGGAGCAAAGGUGGCAUGACACGCAAUCAGUUCUUCAUACUGGCAUUUGUGUGCAGCUUCGCCUACUACAUCUUCCCAGGGUACCUAUUCCAGAUGCUCACUUCCCUCUCAUGGAUCUGUUGGAUCUUCCCCAACUCUGUGGUUGCCCAACAACUUGGUUCAGGCAUGCACGGCCUUGGCAUAGGUGCAAUUGGACUUGAUUGGUCAUCUAUCUCCUCAUACCUCGGGAGCCCUCUCGCCAGCCCCUGGUUUGCCACUGCAAACGUUGCGGCAGGCUUCGUCAUCUACAUGUACAUAAUCACCCCCGUCACCUACUGGUUUAAUGUCUACAAGGCACAGAACUUCCCUAUAAUUUCAGACGGACUCUUCACUGGGACCGGUCGGAAGUACAACAUCUCGACCAUUAUAGACUCGCAGUUCCACUUUGAUAUGAAUGCCUAUGAGAAGAACGGUCCACUUUACAUAAGCACCUUCUUUGCUGUCAGCUAUGGCCUUGGUUUUGCAUGCCUUACAGCGACUCUUGUCCAUGUUAUCCUUUUCCAUGGAAGUGAAAUUUGGCAGUUAAGCAAAUCAGCUUUCCAGGAGAAAAAAGUGGACAUACAUACAAAGCUUAUGAGGAGAUACAGGCAGGUCCCUGAAUGGUGGUUCAUCUGUAUCCUUGUGGCCAGUAUUGCCAUCACCAUGUUUACCUGUGAGUCCUACAUUGAGCAGCUGCAGUUACCCUGGUGGGGGGUACUGCUGGCAUGUGCCCUUGCCAUUUUCUACACGCUUCCGAUAGGAAUUAUCACAGCAACAACAAACCAGACUCCAGGCUUGAAUAUCAUCACGGAGUACAUCAUGGGGUACGUGUACCCUGGACGACCUGUUGCUAACAUGUGUUUCAAGGUAUAUGGCUACAUUGGCCCGCGUCAAGCUCUAGCAUUUUUGCAAGACUUCAAGCUGGGUCACUACAUGAAGAUCCCCCCCAGAACCAUGUUUAUGGCUCAGGUCGUGGGAACUAUAAUAGCAGCAUUUGUGUACCUUGGGACAGCAUGGUGGCUCAUGGACACAAUCCCCAAUAUCUGCAACACCGAGCUCCUCCCAGCAGGAAGCCCUUGGACCUGCCCUUACGAUCAUUUAUUCUACGAUGCAUCAGUCAUAUGGGGCCUUAUUAGUCCACGCAGAAUAUUCGGCGAUUUAGGCACUUACUCUGCUAUCAACUGGUUCUUCUUGGGGGGUGCUGUUGCUCCCCUCCUUGUGUGGCUUGCACACAAGGCAUUCCCAGGCCAGAAAUGGAUCUUACUCGUCAACAUGCCAGUGCUGCUUGGUGGAAUCAGCCAUAUGCCUCCUGCCACUGCAGUCAACUACACAGCAUGGAUAUUCAUCGCGUUUUUGUCAGGCUACAUGGUCUAUAAGUAUCGGCGUGACUGGUGGGAGAGACACAAUUACCUGCUUUCAGGUGCCCUUGACGCUGGUUUGGCGUUCAUGGCUGUUUUGAUCUAUGUAUGCCUAGGACUAGAGAACAUCAGUUUGAACUGGUGGGGCAAUGAUCUGGAUGGGUGUCCUCUAGCUUCUUGCCCCACUGCGAAGGGUAUAAUUGUAGAGGGGUGUCCGGUGCAUCACUAAGAAUCUUGGCUCAUGCAUGACAGCUCUGGGGAUAAAGCACGUGCAACGAUCAAUCAAGCCUGUAGGGAUGAUAGGUUUUUCUGUUGCGUGCAAUUCUUCAAAUUUUAAUGAAGAUACAGAACAGGAAGGAAAAGAAAGGUCCAAAUACGCUUAGAAUGGAUAGGUUGCUGGGUGCAUUGAAGUACAAAAGGAGCAAGGUAGAUGAUGCAUUACUCUAUUAUAGGAUCAUUCAUGGGAAUUAUUUCUUAGUUGCUGUGCGGAACAAACAGAAAUGCAUUUAAGACAACAGUUAACCUGAAAAACAGUGGCCAUAAAUCAAUAGCAAUACAUGUCAUACAAAUCAAUAUCUAAAAUCCAAUAGCUGCACAUCACAGUUGGAUGCGAAAUUAACAUUAGAAUUCCACAUUCCUGGGGAACAAAUAAUGUUGGGAUUCAAUAUUUGCCUUGUACUACAACAUGUAUCAGCCCACACAUUACUUUUUGUUUUGCCUAAGGAAAGGUGGGAAAGAAAAAGGAUAUAUUUGCAAAGUACUGUAAUUUUGUGUGUAUGUAACCUCUGUGUAGGCAACAGCAUGAUGAAUCGCACGAAAA